AUGUUCCAUCAAUUAAUCUCGCAUCUUGGAACUAAUUUACUUAUAAAAUGUUCAUGCAAUCAAGUUUCUCGAAGAUCGGUGGUCAUCCUAAAACGUAAGGUUCGUCUUCCCUCUCAACCAUCGUUGAUCAGUCCGCUGAUUGUCGGGCCAUUUUUGAAAGAUCGACCACAUUUUCGUGAACCUAGACCGGUGGCCGAUUUCAUCUACGAAGAAGUUGAAGAUAGUGAAAAAAUUGAAGAAUCAAAAUUAAAACUUAUAUUAUUAGAAACUGUCGAUGAAAUCGGUGUACCUGGUGAUAUAGUUGAAGUGGAGCGUGAUUAUGGCCGUUUUUCAUUGUUAAGUUCAAAUCGAGCUGUGUAUGCUUCACCGUAUAAUUUGAAUAAAUUUAAGCAACUAAUCGAAGCUGGUUCGAAAGACCGUGUUGGACCUUCGUCAGCAUUCGUUGGACCAACAUUGAAAAAAUUAGCGAAUGAUGUUAUAAUUGUUGUUAUGAAUGAUGAACAUCCAUGGACAUUGAAGCCAUGUCAUGUUAGAAUAGGAUUACGAGCUGCAGGUUAUUUGGUUCCUGAAGAAUGUAUUCGAUUACCUGAUACUCCGAUCAAUGGACCAGAUAUUGAAGGUAAACAGGGCAAAGAUUUUGCCGUAACAGUUACAAUCAAUAAUCGUGAAACGGUUAACGUAAGAUGUCUGCUUCACCAUAAAGGUCAUACAUUACGAUUGAAUUGGAAUCGAAAACCACGUCAUAUACUUUUAGAUGAACAGAAAGAAUUGUUAGAAUCAAUGCCAUGCAAAGAUGCAUUGGAAGAAGAUGAAUAUAAUUUAGUAAACGAAUCAUAAUAUUUGUUUGUUUAUUUGUUUUUGAAUUCGAAUACAAAUUAAUAAUAAUAAAAAUUUUUAUAUUA